UGACUCAGAAAGAACCGCCUUGCCUAUAUGAAUUUAGCGUAGCGCCCAACGUCAUGCCAAGGAAUGACUAACCCACCCUCGCCGCCGCAGUCCAGCAAUUUUUUAUUUUAUCAGAAGAAGAUACCCAUUUUCGCAACUAGCUCUCAUUCAGCAAACCAUCGAAGCAUCAUCUCGAUUAAUUCUUCACCGUCCAUAUAACCCCCCCUAUCUUCCGCGAGCGCGGACAAAAGAGGUGAACCCUCUCCAGCGGGGCAACUGCUUGGCACAUAUCUCACAGUCGUCUGCCAACUAUGACGACCAUAGCAACUCAAUCGCAGUAUUUGACUGUACAAAAUCCACCGUUAGAUCAAACGUCUGCGCGGGAUGAGACCUUGAACCCAAAUAAUUCCGGUUCUAGGCGCAUAGGUCGUCGAGGCAGAGGAGGAAACCGUGAGAGCGGUAGAGAUGUAGAUACAUCACGCAAUCGGCCGUUUGUUCACGGAAGAGGGAGACGAGGUGUUGGGCCAAGCCGUAGGGGAGCGGGGACAGGAGCAGGAACGGGAGCAGGAACAACAAUAUCCGCGAGAGGGAGAGGGCGGGAUGAUGCACCUAAUACGACGAAAACCGUGGCCGGGAUGGGAAGAUCAUUUGGCGGCCAAUUGACACGAGAAGCACCAGAGACAGCUGAAGAGGGCAGAGGAGACGGUUCUUCUGCGCAAGGGGAGCAGGGCUCACUACGACCCAGUGCGCCGGAAUUUAUACCUGGAGUCCAAGUUCCUAUGUCUACAACUACACCGACACUUUCUCAUUCCUCUACGCCCAUCCGGGAACGAACGAGACAACCAAGGCCUCCUAAAGCAAAAUCUACGGCGCAUGACAUUGCCACGCGCACGCACGAGGACAUCGCCAACGGGAUAUACGAAUGCCCCAUAUGCACAAACGAACUUGGUCGAAAGACGAGAGUAUGGUCCUGUUCAUUAUGCUGGACGGUUUUCCAUCUCAGUUGCAUAAAGAAAUGGUCGAAUAACGAAGGCUCGGUAAUGGCGAGGCCAAGGCAACAGCAGGACCACGAGGAUGGGCAAGACCACCCGCGACAGUGGCGUUGCCCGGGAUGCAACUUGCCACACGACAUUUUACCAUCGACGUACAACUGUUGGUGCGAGAAAGAGAUGGAUCCGCGACCUUUGCCGGGAUUACCGCCCCAUUCUUGUGGCCAAACGUGCUCCAGGGCGAGGAGAGGGUGUCCACACCCUUGCGAUUCUGUGUGCCAUUCAGGCCCUUGUCCUCCGUGCGCGGCUAUGGGCCCAACGCAGUUUUGUUUUUGUGGGCGCCACGAGUCGACUAAGAAAUGCGUUGACACUGAUUAUGAGAAUGGUUGGAGCUGUCGGGAACCAUGCGGGGAGUUGCUGCCGUGUCUCCAACACAAAUGUCCUCGUCCUUGUCAUGAAGGCCUCUGCGGGGCCUGCGAGGAAAUUGUCGAUGCGAGAUGUUAUUGCGGAAAGUCUGAGACGAGAAUUAUGUGUAGUAAUCGAGAUGAAGAGAAACAGAGCCGUCUCACCCACGGCAAGGGCACUUCCGAAGAAAGGGUAGAGGAAUGGGUAGGCUGUUUUGAUUGUAAAGAGAUCUGCGAUCGCGACUACGACUGUGGAGUACAUAGAUGCCAGAAACGGUGCCAUCCACAGGAUGUGGCUGUGCCACAUUGUCCCAGUUCUCCCGAUGUUAUCACAAAAUGCGCUUGCGGGAAGACAGCUUUAUCUGAUAUUCCAGGCUAUCAGCCCAGAACGUCAUGUCAAGACCCCAUACCAAAUUGUAAGGAACCAUGUGGGAGUCUGCUUCCCUGUCAGCAUAAGUGCCCCGUUCCCUGCCACACUGGCCCCUGUCCACCUUGUUUCUUGAGGGUGUCCAUAAAUUGCAGAUGUGGAAAGGCUUCCUUCCAAUCGUUGUGCCACCAAGGGGUAAUUGAACCACCUCAGUGCUUUCGACUGUGUAAAGCAACGAUGAACUGUGGGAGGCACAAUUGCGGUGAGCGGUGCUGCCCCGGCGAGCGCAAGGCAAUUGAGCGACAAGCGACAAAGCGAAAGCUGAAGUCGCUCAAUAUUGUCAAUCGCCCUAAUGACAACGAUAUCGAAGCGGAGCAUAUCUGUACACGAGUGUGCGGAAGGAUGCUGAAAUGCUCAAAACAUACGUGCCAGGAGCUCUGCCACAAGGGAAGCUGCGGUACAUGUCGAGAAGCGAUAUUCGAGGAAAUAUCCUGCAACUGUGGUCGAUCAGUCCUAUACCCUCCAUUGCCAUGUGGGACACAACCCCCUCCAUGCCAUUACGAUUGUGCGAGGCCAAAAUCAUGUGGACACCCGCAGACGUCUCACAACUGUCACACUGACGACGAGAGCUGCCCCAAGUGCCCAUUCCUGACAGAGAAACGCUGCCUCUGUGCGAAAAAGGCAUUGAAGAAUCAACCGUGUUGGCUAACGGACCCGCGAUGCGGACUUGUAUGCGGCAAGGAGCUCAAAUGCGGCUCCCACACAUGUAAGAAUCUUUGCCAUCGGCCGGGGGAAUGUGAGGACUCGACCGAACCCUGCCACCAAGCAUGCGGGAAGAUCAAAAAGCUCUGCCCCCACCCGUGCUCCGAUCCAUGUCACGCUCCAUUCCCCUGCCAGGAGAAAACCCCAUGCCAAUCCCUCAUCACAAUAACAUGCCCCUGCGGCCGUUUAAAACAAGAAAAACGCUGCAACGCUUCCCGAGACGACAAAAACCGCUUUCAACAACACCAACAAUCUCAAUCCCCUAGCCCCUUAAAAUGCGACGACGAAUGCGCCCGCCUCCAACGCAACCGCUCCCUCGCCUCCGCCCUAAACAUCUCCAUAGACCCACUCACAACAUCAGCAACACCAGCUGACGGGGACUCCAUGACCGCAAUAACAGGAACCACCCUCCCAUACUCCUCCGAAACCCUCGACCUCUACCUAACCCUCUCCACAACCUCCACCCUCUCCACCCUCCAAACCUACGAAACAACCCUCCACACCCUCGCCACAAGCCAAACGCAACGCACCGCCCGCUUUCCGCCCGCCCGCACUCAGCUCCGCGCCUUCAUCCACUUCCUCGCCGCUGAUUGGGGCUUCGUAUCUGAAUCCUGCGAUCCAGAACCCCACCGGCACGUCGCCGUCUUCAAAACCGCGCACUGGGUGCCGCCGCGCGGUCUUGGGGCCGAGAUGGGCGCGCAUGUGGGCGUCGGGAUUGGCGGGGUGAGUGUGGGCGAGUGCGCGAAGAUGCGUGAGAGGGAACGGGUGCGGGAGCGAGAGGCGAAAAGGGCUUCUGCCGCGGCUGCGGAGAAGAGUCGGGCAGUCUACGAGAGCGGUGUUGGGGAUUUCGGCGCUAUAAGUGCGGGGGCGGGUGAUGGUGGGUGGGCGCAAGUUGCGUCUAGGAAACGGCCGACGGCUGUCCCGCCGAAAUCUGCGUUUGGGUUUGGCGCGGUUGGGAAUGGGAAUGGUGUGUUGGGUGGUGAGAAGGGGGGGACGUUGGUGUUGAGGAGUGGGGUUGGGAUUGCGGGGAGGGUUAAGGGAAGGGCGGUUGUCUCUGGUUCUGGCGGUGGGAGUGGCAGUGGGAGUGGUUGGAGGCAGUUUCCUGCGGGGUUCGCGGAGGAUGUUGUCGAUAAUUGGGAGGAGGAGGUUGAGAAGGAGGAGCGGGAGGAGCGGGAGAAGGGGCAUCCAGAUGUAACUGAGAAUGGUGCCGGUGAGGUUGGUGGUGAGGGUGCGAGUGACAGUGCGGAGGUAAUUGGGAAUGCAAAUGAGAGUGUAAAUGGGAUUGCGUGAACAGCGAGGACCGGUGAUACAUAUUGCUAAGUGAAGAGUCGGGAACACGGGAGACAAUUUCAGUAUUAAAGAGAUGCAGAGAGGGAAGGUCCUCCAACUAUCCCAUCACUUAAUACCCCAUCGCCCACUGGGGACCGAAUAUCCCAGCUUGUUUUACUUUGUACAGUAAUACUGCACAAGAACAGUACGCAUACACUCCCGCUUGUGCAUCCCAUAUGAUGACAGCGCAAUGCCUUUUUUUACCCUCUCGCGGCUACCUGUUAUGAUUAACAUACAAUCACGCUUAUAACGUACUGUACAGUACAUCAUGAGUCCCUGGAGCAAAUGCGAUAGAGGAUACGGAUUAUGUUUUGUUCCAAUGGAAUAAAUAAAUAGCUCUUGCCAUCUUCAUGUGUAAGUUAGGGUCGCUAUAUCUCGUAGUACGCAACGAACGAACUGUACUUGAAGUCUCAUUUAUUAUCACUGGAUAGAUUUGGAGAUGAUUGCCCGGUUAAAAAAAAAAAAAAAAAAAAAAAAAAAAAAAAAAAAAAA